UCAAACAGGCAAUCAAGCACUGGCAGGCCAACACGCACAUGUGCCAGCUGGGUUUAAUUUGGUAGCCCACGCGAAGGUACCAGCAUUGAACUGUUUUUAAAUACAUGUACUUUAUGAUGACACUUCGAAGGACCUCGGACCGUUCACGUGCAAUGUGGAAUGACAUAAUCCAAGCAGAUCGUUGAUAUGACAGAUCCGAAACGGGUACAGUUUGAGAAUGACGACUCGAACAGCCAAGUUGAACCACUUUAUCGCGCAUGUGCGCUGGGAUCCAUAGACGACAUCCGGAACUUCUUUAACAGCAAUCCUAAACUAGAAGACCUCUUCUACGAAGGGUUGUCUCCCCUGCACGUCGCUAUAUUGAGUGACCGCAAUGACGUCAUCGAUGUGAUAGAAGUCCUCGUCAACAACGGCGUUGACGUGAAUGCUCAGACAGAGACGAAUAAAGACACAGCACUCCACCUAGCGGUAGAAAACGGAGAAUUUCCUCAGAAUUAUGACGUCAUAGUCAAACUAAUCGACUGCAAGGCGGAUGCUGAAAUCCGCAAUAAGCGCCUUCGCUCCGCCUAUGACUGUGCAUUAGCUAAAGGCCAUGACCUCGUGGCCUCAACGCUGGACGGUUCCAAAAGUAGCAACGAGGUGCAGAAUUCCUACCGUGAACGAUAUGGGGAGAAAUAUGCCCCCAUCUUGAACAAGGCGGUGUUGGAGAGUGAUGAAGACACCAUGAAAGAGUACAUCAAGAAAGGUGCAGACCCCAACUACAUCAACAAGUUUGGCGCCGGCGCUAUCCACUAUGCACUCACUCGAUGUACACUUCCUGUCAUGCGCGUGCUGGACAUGCUUAUAUCCGCUGGGGCGGAUGUUGAUCUCAGGGAUGAUGAAGGGGACAGUGCUCUUAACCUGGCCAUCAAGAGCGAAGAUCUCCGUAAGAGUGGCCAGAUGAUGCCAGUGGUCAACCUCCUCCUCGAGUGUGGUGCCGAUAUCACCUUUAAAGAUCUGGACGGCAAGGAUGCGCUCAAGCUGGCCAAGGAGAAACAAUACAGCGAUGUAGUUGCUGUGCUGACCAAGUCCCAGUCGGAACACCCCAGGCAUGUGGUCGUGGAAGCAGUGGAAGACACACGUGAAACUGAUGGCAACGUGAACACUGCGAAUGAGGACGGACUGUAUCCGAUUCACCAGGCCGUGUUGAAGGACGAUCCUGAAGAGAGGCAGAAGUUGUUGGAGACGUUGACGGAAGCAGGCGCCGAUGUCAACGUUGUUGUAAAGGGGCUUGGGACGACACCUCUCCAUCUGGCCGCGGACAAGAAUAGGGUCGACUCUGUGAAAUUCCUGCUGGAACAUGGUGCGGACAAGACUAAGAAGACACUGAUUGGCAAAACGGCGUUUGACAUGGCGUCCGACAAACAGCACACCGAGGCGAUGGAGCUGCUUGGGGACCGCCAUGACAUCGUCCAGGACAAGUGGAAGAAGGGGGCCAAGAAGUCCAGCUCCUGCAGCAUAUUAUGACCCGAAGACCCGGAUCACGACCUCCCCAAGUGCAAUCCCCAUGCUCCACGUCCAGGGGCGUUUGUGAUAUUGAAGUGUGAGCCCCUGUUACAGCACUAACUCUCAUGUUUACAAUAUACUGCCUGGGAGUAUACGGUCUGACGUACCCUCUGUGUAACCGUGUACACCCCUACUUGAAAACAAAGGAUUCGAAGCCUUUGUUUGUAGCAAAAUUUGCUGUCAAACUCCAGACAAAAUGUAUAUGUUUAGGCAUCUAAAAUCAAUGUUAAUAUAGUGAGUGAGUGAGUGAGUAUGGUUUUACGACGCUUUUAACAAUAUUCCAGCAAUAUCACGGCGGGGGACACCAGAAAUGGGCUUCACACAUUGUACCCAUGUCGGGAAUCGAACCCGGGUCUUCAGCGUGACGAGCGAACGCUUUAACCACUAGGCUACCCGACCGCCCAAUGUUAAUAUACAUCAUGCGACGCCGUUUCGCAGAAGGGAGCUUGAAUGUUGCGAGUACAAUUUAUUUUCUGGGUACAUGGAAAUUUAUCAAAGCGUCAUUGACCAAUAAAAUUCAAGUAUUUUACAUGAAAGGUAAGAUAAGUGGUGAUUAAGUGGGGUUUGACGCGGCAUUUUGCAAUAUUCCAGCAAUAUGGCGGUGAUGGGUGUUGGAGGCCAGAAAUGGCGAUCACACAUCGUACAAAUGUGAGGAAUCGAGUCGGGGCGUUUACUGCUUGCCUACCCCACCGUCUAGGAUGUUAAGUGAGGGUGGAAUUGAGUGAAGAGCGUAGAAGGUGAUAAUAAUUAAGACAAUGAGUGCUUGUUGUUUGGCUGCGCUUUUAAGAUUUGAACUGACAAGCGAUAUAAAUAUCGUGUAAACAAUCCA